UAGUCAAUCCUCUUUGAUAGAGACGAGGGAGGUUGGUUGUAGGUAAUUUUUGGUGGAAACCUUCUCGAAUUCGAUCCACAAUCGCAAAAAAAAAUCAUUCUAUACAAUUGACACGGAUAAUUCAAUAAUCAGGGGUGUUGUUUGUUUAUUAACGGGGUAAUUAUUGAAUCUUUAAAGUUGAUCCAUAGACCGGCAGGAUAUCCGGCUGUUUUGGUGGAAUAAUAACGUGCCCCUGCAGUUAUUCGUGAUCAUGGCGGUGCCCACGGCCGGUGUUGUUGUUCCCAGGAACUUUCGUCUUCUGGAGGAGCUGGAACAGGGGCAGAAGGGAGUUGGGGAUGGGACUAUAAGCUGGGGACUGGAAAAUGACGAUGAUAUGACUCUCACUCACUGGACUGGGAUGAUCAUUGGGCCGCCCAGGACGCCAUAUGAGAAUAGAAUGUAUAGUUUAAAGAUAGACUGUGGCCAGCGAUAUCCUGACGAUGCUCCGAACGUGAGAUUUCUCAGCAGGAUUAAUAUGAAUUGCAUCAACAGUACCACUGGAGCGGUGGAUAAUCGCAGUGUACCGGUGUUGGCGAAAUGGCAGCGCGAAUAUACGAUCAAGACAGUGCUCCAGGAGUUACGUCGUCUCAUGACGCUAAAAGAAAACAUGAAGCUGUCCCAGCCACCAGAGGGUAGUACCUUUUAGCCUAACAACAACCGCAAUUCUUCGCAUCUUCCUUAUUGCAGUGGCAUGAGACAUCUAGUUACCAAAUGAUUUUUAAUAAUGACGAAUUUUGUUUGGUUUUUCACUCAUUGGUGCCCAUGUCUCCUACCCUGGGUUGAUUAUAAGGAAUGAAGGUAAAAACCGUCAAGUUAAGAUUGAUAAAAUUGAAUCAUGAGGAAAUGAUAACUAUGAAUCUGGCACACACCACACACUCAUGUACGGCAGACAGUUGAAAUAUAUAUAUAUAGAGAGAUAUAAUCAUCGACACCUUUAAUUCUGACGAAGGUGCAUCAAAAACGUAUUUUCAAACUCAACGAGGGAAUAAAAACGAAAUUGAAAAUUUUAGGAAUCACAAUUCAUUGAAAUUUAGUCGAGUUGGUGCCGAUAUAACGAAGAAUUUAAUCGAUAACAUCGUAAUCAGUAAGAAGAUUUUGUGCUUUUUGAAAAUUUUCAUAAUUAAGAGGGUUCUAUCAAUGAACGAGGAGAGAGUCCAUUUGAUUUAUCAGUGGAACAUUGAAUUAUUAUUUCUUCUCACGGUUUCUCUCACUAGCCUCGGUAUCUCGACUCAGUGUCCCAUUGUGCACUUUUUUAACAACUGUGGGAUGGAUAAAGAUCUAGCUAGAAAGUUUCCUUUUAAUCAGAGUUCAAGUUAAUUAAUUAAUUGUGGGUUUUGGAACGUCGUGCGGUCGAGGCCUUUAACGUACAUUGCGAUCGUAACGACAGCAAAGUCAUGCCUUAAAUCGUCAGGAGCAACUCCACUCGUAACAGGACGUAGCUUUCCAACUAUGUUAAUGUAACAAGAGGAAUUAACAUGUGAAUUAUUUAAGAUAAAACGAGGCAGAGAAUUUUUUUUUUAUCAUUUCAAUCAAAUACGUUCACUUAUGUUUUACUAGAGAAAAAAAUGAUAAAUCUGAGAACAGAACAAUUAAUGCAAUAAUAAAGAUAUCCCUAGAAUAUACCAAAUUAAUGAUUAAUCAAUAAAGGAACAUUUUCAAGUGAUAGUGAUGAAUGAGAUUACAUUAAGACCAAAGGAUCGAUGAGAGAAUGUCUUUUCAAAAGUGUCGCUGAUUGCUGAUAUUUUUGUUUCUUUCAUUAUCACUAAAGUGUUAGCUUCGCAAAUUUAAUAGAAAGAAUAUGGAGAAAGAUGAAUAAAAAAACUGCUCUUUCA